CUGGUAGAACACGCUGAAGGACGAGAAGAACCAAACCAGCUUUUUCCUGCAACUCAAACGCCGGGCGCCUUAUGGUCGAGAGCCAUACGCCGCAUAUGGAGUCGUAAUCGGCGCGUAGAGAUGGAAUCGGCGGAAGGCGGCGGGCCGCGACCGGCGCUUGCAUCCCAAGCCGAUGCCGGUGCAGGAGUAGCACGGGACUUAGCAGCGGUGGAAGAGCGGAGCCCCGGCGGCAGCGGCAGUAGCUCGGCGGAGGAGGAGGAGGAGGACGCGACAGCGCCGCUGCAACGGGUGCCCAGCUUUGACCUGGAAGCAGGCGGUGACGCCCGCGCCCACGUCCGCGGCAGUGGCGGCGGCGGUGGCGGCGGCGCCGGGCCCUCGGGGCGGCGGCGGCGGAUUGACCCGGACACCGCCGCCCAGCACACCUACCUCGGUGACGUGGAGGAGCUGACGGGUGGCGGGUCGGGGCUGCUGGAGGAGGGCGCCGCCGUCACACUGCCGCUGUUCGCACUGGAGGGUGUGGUGUUGCUGCCCGGCGCCUCGCUGCCGCUCAUCCUGCACUCGCGGCCGGACGUGCUGAAGCUGGAGCGGGCGCUGAGGGCGGGCGCGGCGGCGGCGGAGGGAGGCGCGGGAGGCGCGGGCGGCACCUCCCGGCUCAUAGCGGUGACGCACAUUCACCGCCACCUGCGCUCGCUGUGCCUGGUGGGGUGCUCGGCGGAGGUGCGGCGGCUGCGGCGCCACUGGCCGGGGCAGGAGGAGCAGGAGGAGCAGGCGGGGGCCGGCGGCCACCAGCCACCGCCCGCUGCUGACGCCGCCGCCGCCGCCGCCGCGGGCACCGCCGGCGGCGCCGCCGGCGGCUACGUGGUGUCUCUGGUGGCUCGUGGUCGUCAGCGGCUGUUGCUGGAGGGCGGCAGUCUGGCGGACUCGUUCCGGGUGCGGUGCCGAGUGCUGCCGGAGGGACUGGCAGAGGCGCCGCCGCGGCAGUACUGGAGCGGGGAUGAGCGGGGGGCGUGGGAGGAGCAGGAGGAGGGCGAGGGGGAGGAGGAAGAGGAGGAAGCGGAGGAGGGGACGCCGGAGGAGGGGAUGGCUGAGGAGGGGGAGGAGAGUGAGGAGGGGCGGCAGCAGCAGGCGGCGGCGGGGCCAGAUGCAGGGAGCCCACACAGGCCACACUGACGAUGACACGGACAGUGACGGAUUCCCGGGCUUCUAAAUGGUCGCACGUGGCAUUGUGUUUGAUGAGGGUCAAAGCAAGAUGAGGUAGGGUUGGACUGGGCUGACGGGUCGGACGUGAGGGACUGAGGGUUGCACGAGAGAGCGGAGGGAAGCCGCAAGCACACGUUGUAAUGCGGAGUUGUC